AUGGACCAAGAAGAACUUCACACAGAACACGCCCUCCGCACAGCUGGGGUCAAACAGAGACGCCCUCACCUGGCUCAGUCUGACCUGGCUCAGUCUGACCUGGCCAAGACGGAGGACCCCAGCUCGACUUAUUUAAGCGUUUGUUCCUCCUGUCUGCCCUCAAUUGGGAUAAUUGUGUCUAUCAGUUGUGGGGGCUCUGUGAUCUGCCAUCCAGAGAGCCCACAGGAGCUUAUGUUUCACCUCAGGUCUAAGGGAGACGGCUAA